AUGUCUGGAGUGAAACGUAAAGGACCAGAAGUGGUUGAAGAAGAGCCGGUUCAAAAGAGGCAGGUUAUAGAGAAGCACACGGAUGGUAGCGAUGAUGAAGCUAGCGGUGAUGAGCAUGAGGUCAAGCGUACCAAAAGCGAUACCACAUCACAGAACAUACAGAUUGCUAGAGAGACCGCUGAGUUGUUCAAGUCGAAUAUAUUCAAGCUACAGAUAGAUGAACUUCUAGCGCAGGUGAAACUGAACGACAAGCAUAUACUGAAGAUGGAGAAAGUGUUACAUAAAUUUUACGAUAUGGUGCAACAGAUCCCAGAGUGGAAGGAUAAAUCGUUAUCCGAUGUGGAGUCCUUUUUUGACAAUAAGAUUGUGGCCGUCCCAUUUGCUGAUCCAAAGCCAUCGCUGGCUAACACCAACUAUAAGUUCGGCUACUUGAAGCCAGGCGUCGAUCUUAUUGGAUCUUUCGCUCUGAAAAUGGGUAUCUACCAACCUCAGGGUUCUAACGUUGAUAUAUUGCUGACUAUGCCUAAGGAACUGUUCGACAAGAAGGAUUUUCUAAAUUUCAGAUGCUUGCACAAGAGGAGCGUCUACUUGGCAUAUUUCACUCAUCACUUCUCCAUAUUACUGAAGAAGAAUAAGCUAGACCACUUCAUGUCAGUAAAAUACUCAUAUCUAAACAACGAUCCACUAUUGCCAAUCUUGACAGUUACAUGCUCUAAGAACCCAGAGCACAGCUCGGACGAGUACAAUUUCCAUAAGACAAAAUUCUCCAUCAAGUUCAUAAUCGGAUUCCCAGACGGUUUGUUCGAUCCAAAAAAACUAUUGCCAAAUAAGAACUGCAUCAGGUUAGCUGGCACACAGGAUGUUAAUGACCUUCCAGCAACACCAUUGUACAACUUUGCGGUACAGUCCUCUACUACAUUCUCUAGUUACUUGAAAUUUCUUUAUCAUAAUAAAAAACAGACAGCAGCAUUUAGACAGGCUGCCAUACUAGGUAAAAUAUGGCUUGAACAACGUGGAUUCUCAUCCAAAACUGCACACUCAGGAACAUUAGGUGGCUUUGGUUCAUUUGAAUUUUCAAUGUUGAUGGCUGCCUUACUCCACGGUGGUGGUAACAAUGCUAAUAAAAUAUUAUUACAUGGUUUCUCCUCAUAUCAAUUAUUCCAAGGUACUAUAAAAUAUUUGGCAACAAUGGACCUAUGUAAUGACGGACAUUUACAAUUUUCUUCAGAUAUUUCCAGUGAAACUCACAAGCACUCCAAAUAUAUAGAAGAGGGCUUCCAAACGCCGACCAUUUUUGAUAAAACCAGGAAAGUGAAUAUUCUAACCAAGAUGACUACCAACUCAUAUUAUAUGCUAAAACAGUAUGCCAAUGAGACACUGGGCAUGUUAAAUAACGUGGUUCAGGAUAAAUUUUCGAGUGUCUUUUUGAUAAACUUGAACAGAAUACCAGAAAUAAAAUAUGAUAGCUGCAUAGAAGUUAAAUUACAACCUGAUGAUACUUUAAUUUCCAAGUUUGGAUCUGCUGAAAGGAUUAAAUUCAUAACAUUUGAGAAUUACCUAACUAAUAAGGUAUCGACGGUCUUGAAAUAUGCGUUGGGUAAAAGGGUUAAAUAUAUGGAAAUAAAGCUAGAAGGAAAGCGGUCUGACUUCCCAAUUACAAAACGGAAAGUUUACUCUCAUUCAAGUGGAUACAAUUUUGAAUAUAUUUUGAUUCAAUUGAUUUUGGACACGGAUGAAGCAGAAAAGUUGGUGAUUAGAGGUCCAGAACAUACAUCUGAGUUGACACCUGAGGCCGCCAUGUUUAAGAAUUUUUGGGGGAAAAAAUCCUCUCUCCGCAAAUUCAAAAAUGGAGAAAUCUCACAUUGUUGUGUUUGGCAAUCUUCUUCUGAGGUCUCGGUUGUAACAUCAAUAGUUGACUAUGUUAUAAAGAUGCAUAUCUCUGAAAGAGCCAAUGUUAACAAUGAGGGAACAAAACAUCUACACAAGCAACUUCCUUUACCCAACCUGCCCUCGAGCUCUGCUACUUCUAUUCAAAACCUGUCAAGCUUUUUCAAUUUGAAGAAGUCUUUUGACGAGCUCUACAAAAUACUAUUUAAAAUGGAACUGCCACUUUCCAUUAAGUCCAUUUUACCUGUUGGUUCGGCCUUUAGGUAUACAUCUUUGUGUCAACCUGUUCCAUUUUCGUACUCUAACCCUGACUUUUUACAAGAUGUUGUCUUAGAGUUCGAAACAUCACCUAAAUGGCCAGACGAAAUAAUUGCAUUGGAAAAGGCUAAAACAGCGUUCCUGUUGAAAAUUCACGAUAAGCUAGUUGAAAAUUACGCACCCGAAUACAAAUCUUACUUUUUGAGAGAUGAGUCCAUUCCAUAUAAUUUAGAUAUUGCUACAUUGAACAUUUUAACUCCAGAAGGUUAUGGUUUCAAAUUUAGAGUAUUGACUGAACGUGAUGAAGUAUUGUAUCUAAGAGCAAUUUCUAACGCCAGAAAUGAGUUGAAGCCAGCUUUGGAGAAAACAUUUUUAAAGUUCACCGCCAGAUAUCAAGCAAGCGUAAGACAUACUAGAACAAUUGAGAAUCUCUCUCAUGCAUAUCAAUUAUAUUCUCCAGUUGUGAGACUAUUCAAGAAGUGGUUAGAUAAGCAUUUACUUUUGAGCCAUUUGGAUGAGGAAUUGGUAGAACUAAUUGCUAUGAAACCAUUUGUUGAUUAUACUCCUUUCAACGUUCCGGGUUCUUUGCAGAAUGGGUUCCUAAAGGUCUUAAGAUUUAUUAGUCAAUGGAACUGGAAGGAAGAUCCUUUAAUUUUAGAUUUCGUUAAGCCAGGUACAGAAAAUGAGAAUUCUGGUGAUAUCUCCAACGGUGAGUUAACAAGCUCCACUUUGAAGAAGUUAUCCGAAAGACUAACGCUUCAACAGUACAAAGCAAUACAAUCAAAUUUCGCGAAUAUCAGAAACAGCGAUCCUAAUGGUGUUCAUCUACAAUAUUUUGUUGCUUCUAGAAAUGAUCCAAGUGGUAUCCUUUACUCAAGUGGUAUUCCAUUACCUAUUGCUACAAGAUUAACUGCAUUGGCAAAGAUAGCCACUAAUAUCAUUUCUACACAUGGAUUCAAUAACCAGACAAUUGACCUACUCUUUACUCCAGGUCUAAAAGAUUACGACUUUGUUGUUCAAAUGAAGACACCAGUAUCUUUGAAGAUCAGCUCAGGUAUUAUUGAGCCAUCUGAAUUCAAGAAUAUUUCAAAUGGUGCCUCAAGGUCUUUCCCAGAUGAUCUUGAUGACAUGAGCGAGAAGAUGGAUCCAACUCUUCAACUUGUCAAAUACUUAAACAUGAAGUAUUCUAAUAGUAUUGUGUUCUCAAGUCAUAAGUACGUUGGAGUUAAUGGUGGAGAAAAGGGAGAUGUCAACGUUAUCACUGGUCUAAUCAAACCUACUUUCAAGAAGGAAAAUAAAUUCAGAGUUGGUAUGGAUUGUAAUGUCAAGCCUAUUGAUGAAGAAAAGGUAAUUUUAAAUAAGGAAGCUAUUUUCCAUGAAAUCGCCGCAUUCGGACACGAAUUAAUAACCGAUUUUGAGGUCAAUAAUUGA